GGUGUGUGGACUCUCGCGGAACAGAAAGGAAUGCAGGCACAAACGCGCGGCUCUUUUGUCCUGUUCUCGAGGCUCUCUGCCCGCUCUUGUCUUUGCUCGUAUAUACCUGAAGAUGCACACCGCAGCGUCCUGCGACUCGGGACUGUCGAGACACCCGAGUCUGAGAGCAGGUUCCUGAAACGAAAUGGCGGCUUUUCUUCGCGACUUCUCCUCUCUUCUCCCAUGUUGACAAGCGGUUCUCGUACUCCUUCCUUCGUUUCGCCGGCUGGACAAGAAGGCGAUGCUGCCGUAUAGGGAGAGAGCGAGGAGGAACCUGGAGAGGAGGUCUCCAUGGCUCGGCGCUCGAUUCACAGGAUACGUUUUUUCAUCGCGGGGAAGCUCCUCAGACACUCUCAGCCACCACAACAAUCGCGCGCUUCCGUCGACGGUCGCGAGGGCGUUUCAGCAUGCUGCCCUUUCCUCUUGAGUUUCCUCUUUUUUCUCGCUCUGCCUUCGUCGCCUCUGUCUCCCUGUUCCUUCCUCGUUGCGUUCUUCUCUUUCUCCGGUCCUCCUCCGCGCCUGAGCCUCCUUCGUCUGCAUUCCAGCAUGUCGUCGAUGUCUUCGCCUCCGUAGAAUGCGUUGCCUGUUUCACCCUCCCUUUGUUAAGUUUCUCUUUUCAACAAAUUCGUCCAUCUUCUCCCCGUCCUCACUCUCCACCCUCUCUUUCGUUCGUUUUUUCCUCUCCACCGCUUCGUCUCCACCGCUUCCUCUCCACCGCUUCGUCUCCACCGCUUCCUCUCCUCCGCUUCGUCUCCCUUCUUUGCUUCUUCUUUCCUUAGGCGCGUUUCCUUUUCCUUUCACUCGGUAGAUUCACUGGCUUCUUCUUCUGGCUUCGAUGGUCCUGAGAAGGCGCAACAGAUCUUAGGUCUCGUCUUCACAGCCCUGCAAGAUCUAAACCGCAGUCGGACGCGUAGCGCACUCUCCCCAGAAAAGGUUUCUCGAUCCUCCUGCCUCAGAGACGGCGACUCUGGUCUGGUCGCGCCGGUCGUGCUCCUGUCUGGUGAAUGGUUUUCUCUCGCUGUCAGGACAGCUCCGAGCAGUCCUUCCAUUCUCAGCAGGGAUGGCGGGCGGCGAGGGCGUUCUGCCUUGCAGGCGCUUCACCUUUCCGUGUGGAUCUGUUUCCGAUUCGAGUUCCCUCUCGUGGAGGCCGGCAUCGGUUCUCCUCUUCGAUGCUUCUUUCGCCUUCUGCGCGCAACGCCUCGCCGCGCUUCUCUCAUCUCGCCUCCCGAUGUGUGUACAAGCUCCGGGCAAAGCCGGAAGAUCUCCGCGGCGCUGGAGGCCUGCCUCUCGCUCUUUGUUUGCUUUCUCCCUCCGCUUGUGGCUCAUACUCUGCCUGCUGCUUGCCUUCGCCUCACACCUCGUCACCGUGCAUGGACGGACGCCGAGAGUUGUGGCGCGAAGCAGCUCGCAGGAAACGGCGUCGCUUCCUGGCACUCAGGCGUCGAGCCUGGUGUUGCCACUGUCUCCGCGUUUCUCUGUCUCUUCUCUCGUUUCUCUUCUUCCUCGAGAUCGCACGGAGAGGAACUCACGUCCAAACGGCUGCGAGCCCCAGACGCUGGUCCGAUCCGCUCUCUCGCCUUUGGCCGUCGUCGGCGCCACACAGAGGCCGAGGCAGGCAGCUGUCGGCUGUUCCAGUCGUCUGAAGCGUCUCGUCAAACGCCGGCGCUUCGGCGUCUCUCCAACGUUCCUCUCGACAGCUUCUGCUGUCGCUUCGUCUCCUUCCUCGUUUUCCUCUCGCCUCGCUGCGGCUGCUCCUCAGCCUCACUGCUCUCCUCGCUCGGACUCUCCCCUCGGUUUUCUUUCUGUCCCCUCGAAUGGCUUCGCCUCACACACCUCUCUUCGCGACGGCCUUCCUCAAGAGCCGCUGUCUCUUUCUCCUCUCUUCACCUCGACGCACCGAUCUCUGCUGGCUCCUCCCUUGGGUAACGUGAGGCUUGUCGGCGACGCAGGAGUCUCUCCAAAGCGAAUUUCGUCUUUCAACUUGGGCGCCGCUUCAACGAGAAAGCAGCCGAGAAGGAAUCCUCCAACAUCUGCGUCCGGGUUUCAGUCUGACGCUUUUCGCCGCAGGCGCCCUCCAUUCGACGCCAGGUCGCAUCUGUCAUCUUCGUCUCUCUUUUCUGCUGCGUGGGUUCCUUCUCCUCUCUCGUUCGCCAGUUCCUUCCAGUUGUUGUUUCCAUCUCCUCGCUCUUCGUCUGUCUCCUCUUCGUCUCUCUCGUCUUCUCUGUCUUUUGCUCGUGGACACUGUUCUUCGUCUCCUUCGUCGUCGCUUCUUGCCUCCUCCCUUUCUUCGUCCUCUCUCUUUUCUUCAUCUCUGUCUGCCUCUUCGUCUUCUCCUUCGUCGCCUUCGAGGCCCUCUUUGUCUCUCUCUGAGGCUGACGCAUUGGCUGGUGAGUCUCGAGAGCGCGAGGCGAUCCAGCAGGCUGCGCUGGAGCGUGACGCCGCACUGGCCUCGACUCCUUCGCUUCUGUCUUCGCUCGAGAAAGUGAAGGAACUGACAGGGGCGGAGUCCACCGCGGUUCCUAUUUGUGUCUCUCAGUCUGGACAGGUGAAGCCGCUUUCCUCAGUUUCCAAGGACCCGCUGCGUCGACGCGACGCGGUGCCUGUCGGCGAGGCAAGCUCGGGAGAAGACGGACCAUCUGUGCAGGAAGCCGCACUCUCUGGAAAAAGCGAGGCGUUUUCGAAUCGAGACAAAACCGGUCUUUCGAGGCGGGGACGGGCGACGGCAGAAGGCGAAGCGUCGCCGCUGUCUCCGCAGUCGGCCGGCUGGGAAGUUGUGCCGGAGUCAGAGUGGCAUCUGUACAAUCGCGACAACUUCUUUCAUCCGAAUCAGACGGCGAAUUACGAGCUGUUUCCGGAAACGCUGCCUCUCGCGCUGACAAGUCAGAAACUGAAGCACUUGCAGACGCGACAGAGAGAAGUCUUCCAAACUCGCAAGGCGACGGAGCGACGCCCGGGCGCAAAGACGUGGAGAGACUAUCUCUCCUGGCUGCCGGAGGAUCGCCGCGAAGACUGGGAAGGCUUCCCACCGUCGCCAGAAACUCGCAUCGAGGAACUCCCUGUCAAGACGCUCGUCGUGGACAACGAAACCAUUCUCUAUCGACAGGCAUCUGCGGAAUCCCCAAUGAUUGUCGACGACGAAACGUUCAACCGACUGAAAGCAAAGUGGAGAGACCAGAGCGAAUUGCAGAGAAUUCAAAAGGAGGAAAAAGGUCUUUACGACGUCCCUGAAGAGUUCCCUGACGACGACUGGGUUCCCGUCAAGCCUGACUUGCCUAUGGGCCGUCUCGUGGUCGACUACGGUCUUGUUCCAAACGUUACUCUGACCGCAGGGGGCUUUGACUACAUUGAGACAUACCACGAUCCAGCGCGAAACUACACCUGGUCGUACAAACGUUGGAAUCCUUUGAAGCAGGAAGGCGAACUGCCGGGGACCCGCGACAACCAGACAGGCUCCAUUUUCGAUUUGGAGACCGAGGAAAGCCGACGAUACUGGGGAGAAGAAGCGUCUCCUCCAAAGAAGGAACUGGAUGACGGUAUUUUCAGGCAAGUGACUCUCGCGGAACAAAUGACAGCAGGGAUGAAACGUACGCCUGUCGGCAUGGAUCAAUGGCAGUUCACCCCUUUGCAUCCGCUCGGCCAAGUUGCGAGGGAACAGAAUUUCUGUAUCUCUGCGUCCAACCGAACGCUGUCGCGUGCUCGCGCGGAGUCGCAGAAAGAAGCCUCCGUCGCCGCGUCUCUGGCGCAGAUCUACGCAGCUGCGAGUGAGGGAGCGACGUCCGUGGAGGGACAUGACACUCUCCCUCUCUGGGUCGUUUUUCCUCCGAAAACGAACUCCACAUCUGCCUCUGCUUCCCAACGAGGCGGCGCGGACCCGUCCACGUCGUCGCGACAACGGAACGCAAACGCGUGUGGAGAGGCUGCUCCUCCUCUCCGCUCUCAUCUGGCUCCACUCGCAGCUUUUUCUUCGAAUUCGUCGACACCCUUCGUCGCAGCAGAGGCUGUCUCUUCUUCGGCUUCCGUCGCGUCGCAGUCCACGUCCCCGGCUGCUCCUCUUUCUUCCUUUUCUAGGCUUCCCCGCCUGCGCCGGAGCGCGUACCAACCUCUUGGAGACGCGCCUGGGUCGCCGGGAGAGCGCGGAGACGAGAUGACGUAUCGGCAGUUGGGCAAGAGCGACUUGUUUGUUUCACAAGUUGGCCUGGGAACGAUGACUGUCGGGAGUCCGCAACUGGGCCGCGAGAGAGCCUUCGAGCUCUUCGACUACGCGGUGGAUGAGUGGGGAGUGAACUUCUUCGACACCGCCGAACUUUACCCUCUGCCGGCCUCGCCAGUCACUUACGGCCGCAGCGAGGAGAUCCUCGGCGCCUGGCUAGCGCGGCGGGGACGCGGAGAAAGAGAGAAAUUCGUCGUCGCCACCAAAGUUGCAGGAAGGUCGAAACACCUUGCCUGGCUCCGUACGGAAAGCACGAAACACACAGGCGCUUCUCAAACGCGAAAGCGGCUUCCCAGGCGCGAAGAUCAAGAAACGACUGGUACGUGUUUGUCGAAGAAGCAGAUUCUGGCGGCAGCCGAAGGGAGUCUCCGGCGACUCAAAACGGACUACGUCGACCUCUUUCAACUUCACUGGCCUGACCGUUAUGUCCCUCUCCACAGCAGUGGAGACUUCGGCGAUGUUCUCUUCGACCCCGAGCGUGCAGCAGAACAAGAAAGCCGCGAGGCGGUCGUCCCCAUGGAGGAGCAACUCGAAGCGGUGGGGCAGCUUCUUCGCGAAGGCAAGAUUCGAGCCUGGGGGCUGAGCAACGAGACCCCUUACGGAGUCUGUCGUUUCACCGAACUUGCAACGCGAUUCUUCGGCCUUCCUCCGCCGGCAUCUGUUCAAGUGCAGUACAACCUCUUGUGCAGAAACGACGUGGAAAAAGGAUUCGUCGAACUCGCACGGCCGCAGAAUGCUGGCACUGCUCUGCUGGCCUACGGAGCUCUCGGAGGCGGUAUUUUGACUGGAAAAUACCUCGAAUGGUUAGAGUAUCCCACGACCGGCCGCAUGCUCCGUUUCCCCUCUUAUAUGAAGCGCUACAGGGGCUCUCUGGCCGCACGAGCUGUCUCAGCAUACUUUUAUCUCGCGUUGCGCCUGGAGCAUCCAAACUUGACGGUGAUGGCCCUUCGAUGGGUUCUGUCGCGCCCUUUCAUUUGUUCGACGAUCCUCGGAUUCACAGACUUUUAUCAGCUCCGAGAGAACCUCUUCUGCACCACUCCGGCCUGCGGUGCUUUGAGCGACUGGGCGGAGCGAGAAAUUAACUUCCUUCACUGGAAGUGGAGAGAUGUCUUGAGAAUCAUUCAGUGAUAGGCUUCACUGUAGGCACGGCCUUCGUGUCGGUUGUUGGUGAAACUUUGGCGCAACGGCAACCAAAUCGUCGAUCCUUUUUGCUGUGGGAAACCGUCGGUGGCAUCUUGAGAUGUUCUUGGCGUGUUUGUACCCCGCGGUCCUAGUCACGUUCUCAAGCUGUUUUAUCGCGUGCACAGACGGCGGAGAAGUGCAGAAAGUAUCCGAAACUGGCCAAGUGGAGAC